CAAAUCCAAAUAUAUAUUCCCCUAGUUUGAAGAUGACAUAAGAUCCACAUUUGCCAACAUCAAAUGCCAUCUUUAAACACGUUUGUCUGUAUUUAAACGGAACAAAUGUGAUAUUUGUCUUGGAUUUACACCACCUUUGUUCAUAUUUGUCAUUGGAGCAAAUGCAUCAUUAUCCUAUUUAUCUUGAGGAUAAAUACCAUAUUUGUCUCUCAAUUAAAUAUGGACAAAUAUGACAAAUGUCAUACUUGAAUCAUAUUUACACAACAUUCAUCUCGAAUCAAAUCUAAUUUUUCGCCCAGUGUACUGGGUCUUGCCUUGAAGGAGCGGGUGGGAAGACGUAUUUUGAAGGUUACAUGAAGGGCACAGCACUAGGAAUUGCGCAGGUUCCGGGACUGCGACAGUUUCGUGAAUCGUUACCUUGCUCGCGUGACGUUAUUUUAAAGUCAGACAUGCGAUCAGAUGAAGAUCGAUCUAUCAAAUUUGCAUUUCAAUCAAUAACUGGGCGCGUUGGAAAUGUAAAGCAGAGCUUCCCAAGAUGGUCGCCCAUUCCAUGAUUCUUUUAUCCAAGUGUGCUCAGUUUCGAGACGAAGGUCAAUUCAUCGACGUUCGUUUAAAAGUGCGUGAAGACAUCUUUCCAGCUCAUCGCAUUGUACUCGCUGCGAAUAGCGACUAUUUCCACGCCAUGUUUACUGAUGGAAUGAAGGAGUCCAACCAGGAAGUCAUCGAACUGAAAGAUGAAAAUAUUUCACCUAAUGCGUUAAAGAUUGUAAUGGACUCCAUCUACACUGGAGAUCUUCGUGUCAACGAGGAAAACGUGUUUGAAGUUCUUGCCGCAGCUGAUCAUCUUCAAGUCACAACUGUUGUUCAACAGUGUUGUGAUUUCUUGAAGAGGGAAUUUAUUCAGCUCCGACUGGACCUUCACAACUACUGUCUGCUUUCCACAGUGGCUGAUAGACACGGUCUGAGAGAUCUACAAGAGGCAGUGGAGCACAAGAUGGCAACGAUGUACGUGGAUGUCUGUGAAAGCGAAGAAUUCCUUUCUAAUGUUGGCGCAGAUCAGUUAUUCAGCCUCCUUAGUCGAGAUGACCUCAGUGCACCUUCGGAGACGUUCGUCUUCAAAUCAGUGAUGCAAUGGAUUAAACACAAGAAGGAAGAGAGGAUGGCAGUUGCAGCCAAAGUUAUCGGAGCUGUUCGUCUGGGGCUGGUGGAUAUCAGGGUUGUAAUUGAAGAACUGGACACAGAAGAGAUGCAGGGGGUUUCAGAGAUUCACAAGCUGGUGUAUAAGGCGUUAAUCUAUAACUUCAUGCCCUCUCGUAAUCCCACAUUUGCUAUGGAGAAAACAAAAACAAGAUCCACUAGCCCGGUCCUGAUUGCUGUUCUGCCUCAGGCUCAAAUGCAGUAUUUUGAUGUUGAGGCCAAAACAUGGAAACCGUUGGCGUCCACAACACCAGCAAUUGAGGCACCGUACUGCUACUGUGCAGCUUCGGUUGGUAAUAACCUGUAUGUUGCUGGAUCUGCAACAAGGGAUAGUUAUUACAUUUAUCGUUAUGAUACAGAAGGUAAUGUGUGGGAGAAGCUGCCACACAAAUGUGGUAAAAUCAACAAUUUAUGCAUUGUAGACGAUUACAUGUAUGCAGUUAGUUUGGACUGCAAUCAGUUUCGUCAAAGGUAUAGCUUUGCUAAAUGUCAGUGGCAAACGUUUGCUAAAGUAAGUAUUCCAGGUGGUUACAGGUUUUCCUGUAGCGGAGCAGCAGUACUUAACUCAAAGCUAUAUGUCCUUUAUGGACGUUUCGCACUAAAUUCAGGUGGCUACUGGUCAACGCAGAAGGCAGGGCUAUUCUGCUUCGAUCCAGUUAAGAAUGAAUGGGAAGAAAAAGCAACAAGCCAUAACCGUCACUAUGGAUCCAGUCUUUUUGUAGUAAACAAUAGAAUCUAUGUUGCAGGGGGGUAUGAGUCUAGUGACAUUAGUGGGAAUUUUUCUGGUAACCAAGCAGCUGUAGAAGGAUAUGAUGAGGAAAAAAACGCUUGGUCUGUUGUGGAACAAUACCACAUUCCCCCAAAUAACCCUAAUGCAGUGGAAAUAGAAGGGAAGAUUUACUUCAUGAUAAACACAUUUCCAGUUAACAGUGGAAUAAGAAUCCCACCAGGAAGGCUGUAUCCUGUUCAUUUGGGUGGGUGGGAAAAAUUAGGAAAAAUCGACAAAACUGCUGUUCUGUGUUAUAUGCCAGUGAAGAGAGAGUGUGUGAAAUCAGAGUGAGAUUUUUUUUUACUGACUUAAAACAUCAAUUUUGUACAUUAAAACAUGUAAGAAUUUUCUUGUAAUCACUUUGCACAGGGCACAAUACGUGAAUUACUGCACGAAGGAAAGCAGUUAGUGAGCCAAGCAAGGAGUGGCCAAAGCGAGCAUAAACAUGAGAAUCAGGAAGGAGAUGAGAGACAGGGAAGACUAGUUCCCCCUCCCCUAUCUUGAAUCCAAUUUUAUCAAAUUCCCACCUUGCUUAAAACCAAAACCAAAGAAAUCACUCUGUUCAGUCAGAAAAUGCACAAAGAAUCGAAUUAACUAAUCAAAAGAAAUACAUGUAGCUGACGCAAAGACGUGUGGGAGCGAGUUACUAUUGGUUUUGAUUUUACUUCUGAUUGGAUAAGAAAGUGGCGCGAGUUUUUUUUUUUUAGUCAAUAGUGUAUGUAGCGUAGUAAAACCAAUUACUCUUGACACUCAGCGUAAACCGCUUUAGUUUUGAACUCACAAUGACAGACUUUCAAAUGUCCCCGUAGUGUAUGUUUAAAUUAGUUUUGAAAGUCACUUUAGAACUGUGUGAAGAGGUCUGUGUGAAAUACAGAAAAUAAGAUACAUUCGGUACUUAAUUAUCUUAUAAAGGUUGAAAACCUUUCUUCUAGAGACAUUGCAGGCUGUUAUCAGUAAUAAGCUACGUAGCUUAAGCACUAUACAUGUGUAUGUAAGAUCGUUUUCGAAUAUUGAAUAACAGAACUUUUCUCACUUCUAGUGUUGAUUUUUUUUCACGUUAGCAGUUACCAAUAAAUCUAGAAAUAAUUUACAGUUAUUCUGCGCUCCAAUGUGAUUACAAUACAAUACAGUGCAAUACAAUACUGUAUUUAGGCACGUCACGUCUAAGAGCUGUACAAGCUCGUGUAUUCCUAAUAUACAGAGAUUUAGGUAAUUUACAAGAUUAACAAUAAAUUUCCUUUUGAACCU